GGUUGGCUGCCCGCACGGGCCAUCCGCUGUGCAGGCUGGAUGGAAGGCCAGGCUGAGUAGACGCCCAUGCGAUGAUCACAUCAAUGCUGCGCGUCGCCGCGGGCAUAUUAGCUGCAUGGCGUAAAUAGGGCUGCCACCAUGAUGAGCCGCGGCCUCGUUGCCGCCGCGUCCGCAGCGGCAGUCGUUAAUGGGGGGCUGCUCUCAAGGCGUCACGACAAUUUCAGAGCCAAUUUCAGAGCACACUCCGCGCGGCUGCGGCAGCAGGCCAUUAAUGCAAAGCGCACGCGGCCGCAGCAGCCGCCGCAGGCGAAAGGUCGAACACGAGAUGCCCAGGGCGUCGCCGCGAUCGUCACGGGCGCGGCGCGGGCGUUCGCGCGGAGCGCCGAGAUUCGCGACGCGCUCAAGAGCUUCAUCGUAGCCAAUGGCGCGACGCCGUUCUUCGCCGUGCACCUGGAAGACAGUUGCAGCGGCGCUAAGUUCUACCCGGGCCAUCAAAGGCGCGCACCCGGGGCCGAGCAGCGGCUACACUCCGGAAAUCCCUACGCGAACGUGUCGUGCGUACAGUGGCUCGCCGGCCAAUCUGCCGGCCACAACGCGACGGAUCUUGACGUCGAGGCGUACCUGGCCGAAACCUAUCCGGGAGCGGGCCUCAUACACGUCUCCAGGGAGUCGACGUGCGCGGAGUUCGAUUACAAAUGGGCCUGCUGCGCGACGCCGGGCCGCGGGCUCCGCCUUGAACCGCGAGGCAUGCCCGCGCUCCAGUACUACUGGAUGCACCACUGCUUUGCUGCCGUCGUCGUGCGGGAACGUGAGAGGGGAAAGGAAUUCGCCUGGAUCGCCCGGACGCGGCCGGAUCUAUACCUCGUCGCACCAAUACAGAUCGGCGCGCCGCCGCGCGGCGCGGAGCCUCCGCGGGAGUACAGGUCAGGCGGCUGGGUCAACGUUACGCGCGGUGCCGGGGACUGCGCGACGCUCGCACGCAAGUCCGGUCAGCCAGCCGAAGGCGACUACGAGGAGGGAUGGGACGCGUUCUUCUUCGUCCCCCGGAGCCGGGCGGACCAGUUCUUCGCGGUCGCCGCCUUCGAGCGGGAGUGCCGGCGGCUUGGCAGAAGCCCGCCGCGAAGGAUGCCGCGCCCGCCAAGACGUCCGCGUCGCCCUCCGCGGAGCCCAAGGCGCCCGCCAUCGCGUCGUCUUGGGAAUACGAAGAAGGAGAGGGCGUCCAUCCUCGGCGCCGAGCGCCGCGCCCCCGAGUACGGCUGGCGGCGCGGGCUCGGCUGCUUUAGGCUACGUGCGUUCCCGAUCGUCCAGCUCUACGUCACGCCGGAGGGACCCUCGUUCAACUGCGCGCGGGCGCCCAGCGGUAUGCGACGGGACUGCGACGCGAGGCGCGCGCCCUUCAACAUGGCACUCGAUCUCGCGCCCACGACUCGCGCAGGUGGUGUAGUAGUAACGACACUCUAAGUUACGGUAGCGUUGCGCGCCGCGCGGAGGAUGACGACCCCCGGGUUGACGGCGACCAACUGCGCGGCGAUCUCGUCGUCGUAAACACCGGUCCGGAGAACGACGACGGGCCUAUCAAUAUUUUUGAUGGCCGCCGGCGCCCUCACGAAGAGGUCGUGGCCGUACAGCCUCUUUCCUAUUUUAUCUUGGUUGUUGUCGAGGACGGCCGCGAACCUUUCGGAGGGCAGGCCCGCCGCGAGGAGGUACUGCGUCGCGACGUGCGCGGCGAAAAUAAAGUUCCUUGACUUAUCUUCCGCGAGGCGGCCCUUAAACGUCGCCGCGUCCUCGAAGAUGCGCUGGUGCCAGCGCUGGAAGGCGCGCUUGUUUUCAUGAAAGUAAUUGGGAGGCGGGCCAUUUGGCUUCCGCUCCACCGCUUUAGUAACGUAAAAUAUGGAGUGCGUGCCGCCGAAGUACUGCUUUGUCACAAUCUCGAAGCCCUUGGAUUCUAACAACCACUGGAUGUGCUCCUCCCUUAAUAAAAUGGUGUGUUCGAAAUGCAGCGACGGCUGGCCGUCGUUCACCAACGCAAAUAAAUUGGGCACGGAGAAGAUGUGGAGUUGACCCUCGGAUAGUAAACCGCGGACAAUCUCGAAAAAUCGAGCCGGGUCGUACAUGUGCUCCAGCGUAUGCGAGUGCACGACGCAGUCGAUUUCAUGAGGUAACUUCCCCAGGUCCUCGACGUAGGACUUGACAAUGUCCAGAUCUGGUAUAGCAAAAGUGCUGACGGGAUUCGGGUCGACCAUCGUCCAGUGCUUGAC